CUUGAUUCUAGAGCAAGCAGCACGCAGCCUUUCUGAAGUUGAACUCCUGAAGAUCCUGUCGCGCUCAAAGAAAAUGGUCGCACUAGUCAGGCACGCUCAACCUCUUCCAACCCUGCUGAUAAAAUAUCAUUACCAUCAUCUACUUAGCUUGAUUGAAAGGUGUCCGCUAUCCCUUUCAACCAAGAUCACACAGCCACCGGCCUUAGCUACACCACCAUUUGAAGGGACACCUGCAGGUUUUGUUUUCUUCACUGCCACAUUCACGUUUGCAGCAUAGACAACUGUGCUCUUAACGAUAGCUUAUGCCCUUGUAACCUCAGGAAGAACAGCGAAGCCAAUGGCUCUGCGGAGGGCUGUUUUGGCUGGCCAGAGUUUAGCCCCAGCAACAUUGACACAGUCGCUUGUCAAUUGCCGAAGGGCACAACGCUCAUCGAUCGCUGCAUCGCUGGCCCAGAACAUCUUUGGCAAAAGGGGCUUCACUGAUUGUGACCAAAUCCCCUUUCUGCUUGGUGGUACGUUGAUGGGUGAGAAGGUUGCAAGCAGUGCAAGACAUAGGCAAAGAACUUCUCGAGUCAGCGCUGUGACGUGCUUUGCAAGAACUUUGACACAAACUCCCAGAGCACAAGGAGCGGCCAGUCAAGCCGCCAGCUUGGUGAAGGGACUGGAACCAGAUUAUGAGGGGGAGGUUUCCUCGCAAAUGAAAGGAGAGCGGCUGGAUGCGUUUCUGGUGGCGAAUCUACCACAGGCCAGCCGGUCCAAGAUUCAGACAAGCAUCAAAAGUGGUUUUGUGCUUGUUGAUGGGCAGCCCCAGCUCAAGCCGUCCCUCCUGCUUCGGGGGGGUGAGUUUGUCAGGUGCUCACUGCCCCCUCCCCCACCAAGUGAUGCUAUACCCGAGGACAUUCCGCUCGACAUUGUGUACGAAGACGACCACGUGGUCGUGAUAAACAAGCGGGCCGACAUGGUAGUCCAUCCUGCUGCGGGGCACAGCUCGGGCACGCUCGUCAACGCACUUCUCUUCCACUGCGACCUCCCGACAGCGGUGCUAUCUGAAGCAGACGAGUACUCGGAUGAGUUGGACGAAGAUGUUGAGCUCGACGACACCGGAACCAAUGCGGCGGCGACAAGCACCUCCGCUUCUGGCUCCAGUGGGGGCGCCGCUCCUCACGUGCGUCCCGGCAUUGUGCACCGGUUGGAUAAGGGCACCAGCGGGCUGCUCGUGGUGGCCAAGGACGAGCGGAGUUUGAAGGGGCUGAGUAAGCAGUUCAAGGAUCGAACGGUCAAGCGAUCCUACCUGUCGAUACUGUGCGGGGUUCCGGACCCUCCCAUGGCGCGAAUAGACGCCCCCAUCGGUCGAGACCCCCGGGACCGAAAGCGGCAAACCGUGAUCGAGGGGCUGAGCAACGCCAGUCGGAAUCGGUCACGUCACGCCGCUAGCAAGUACCGGGUUAGGGAGUGGUUAGCCGGGGGGGCGUGCGGGUUGGUCGAGUGGCGGUUAGAAACGGGUCGAACGCACCAGAUUCGGGUGCACGCGAAAUACGUUGGUCAUCCGGUUUUGGGGGACGAGACCUACGGCUGUACAUCCGGCCUGGUGUUGAACUCUUUCCAGAGGACGCUGGGACCGCCAGCGCAAUCGAAAGCGAAGCAGCUACUGGCGGCGCUGAGAAGACCGAUGCUGCAUGCCAAGACUUUAGGCUUCGUCCAUCCGUGGACGGGCGAAGAGCUAUUGUUUACAUCAGACCUUCCUUCCGACUUCGAGGAAGUACUAGAUACAUUGAAAAGCAUGAAUCCGGACCUGUGAUAUUUGCAAAUCAUUCUCAGUUUGGCUUACUAAGCUCGAGUUCAUGGGAGACGCGCUCGAGCUCUUGUCUGAAUACAAUAUCACUCAAGGGGUAGCCUAGACAUACUCGACUCGAAGGAUGCAAUCGGAUAUGAAUUGCUUCAGUUGACCAGCUCAAAAAAUUUGCACCCUGAAGAUUGGUCUGCGCGUACGGGAAACAUGAUCAGGAGUGGACGGAUAGAUUACUAGCUAACGGCCAGCCGCCAAGUAGGCUUCAAAGGACACCUUGAUGAAAAUGAUGCAGCUACGGAACGAAUAUCUAUUUAGCAGCCUUGCAGGCUGAUCGUGGAGCGUACAUUAAGUUUCCCGAAAACCG